AUGGUGGGGUCAAUGGCAAAUCCUAGGCUUCGCAGCCUGCUCUGGUGGAGACGGUGGGCCAAGAAGGACUGGGCAAUCGCAGCCGUCGGAUUUACCGUUGUUGCCUUCGCUCUCACUCUCCUCUCCAACUCUUGGCGCGAUGAACCAGACUCCGAAAUCACCCGCCCAUUUCAUCCCAUCACCACCUCCGAUUUGGUCGAAUUAACCUUGUUGCAAAACGCUAAAGCUAGAGGCGCCCUAUGUUUAGAUGGAAGUGCGCCUGGCUACCAUUUGAAAAAGGGCUUUGGAUCAGGAGCUAACAAUUGGCUACUUCACAUUGAGGGUGGAGGUUGGUGCAAUACAAUAGAAUCUUGUUCAUGGCGUAAAGGGACCUCAUUAGGAUCUUCCAAAUACAUGGACCAUAAAGUUCCCUUUUCUGGGAUUUUAAGUUCCCACCCAUCAGAAAAUCCUGAGUUCUUUAACUGGAACAAAGUCAAAAUCCGGUACUGUGAUGGCGCAUCCUUAGCUGGCCACCCAGAAAACGAGCUGAAGAAUGGAUCAGCACCUUUCUUUAGGGGCCAGCUCAUCUGGGAAGCAGUUAUGGAUGAACUCUUGUUAGUUGGCUUGUCAAAAGCCAAACAGGCCCUUCUUUCGGGAUGCUCUGCUGGUGGGUUGGCGACUCUUAUACAUUGUGAUGACUUUCGACGCCUUUUGCCUAUGGAUGCAACUGUCAAAUGUCUUGCUGAUGCAGGUUUUUUUCUUGAUGAGAAAGAUGUUCUCCAACAUCGGACCAUGAGAGCUUUCUAUCAUGAUGUUGUCAUCCUUCAGGGUUUAGCAAAAAGUUUGCACAAGGAUUGUGUUACAAGAAUGGAACCCUCUAAGUGUCUCUUUCCUGAAGAAAUUAUUAAAAACAUUAACACCCCAGUGUUCCUAGUCAACCCAGCUUACGAUUUUUGGCAGAUACAACAUAUCUUGAUACCUGAAGCAUCAGAUCCACAUGGCUAUUGGCAAAAGUGCAAAUUGAACAUUCACAAUUGCAAUCCUAGCCAGCUUGAAAUACUACAAGUUCUAUCCGGCGACUUUAGCGCCAGCAAUGUAGCACUCAAAAAAUUGGAUGUUUACAGGGCAGCUAUAGUUUAUUCCAUCUGCGUUCACAGUAGCAACUGA